CACCCCUUUGGUUACCGUGGGAAAUAAACUAAUUUUAUUUUUUUAAAAGCUAUUUUUCUGUAAUCCUAACUACGACCGCAGACCAUUUCGUAUUUAACUGAAGUCCUGUCAUGAAGCUGCUGCUCUGUGUUUCUUGGACAGUUAGCCAGCUAUAACCUUUUCUCUUUUUAAAAUCCAUGAAAGCUAAUGUUGUCACUUUCCCAAGAAACUUGACAGUCGAGAAAACAGCUCUUGUUGUUUUGGAUUUUGUUGUCAGCGUUGCAAUAAAAGUGCUAUUUGAGACGCCUUUGGGGCGCAGGAGAAAUGGCAAAUUUAAAGUACGUCAUUAAUAUGGCGCCAAAAGAUUUUUAAGUAUGAGCUUAUUUUUGUUGUAAGGUUGCGAGACCCAGUAUACGCCUGUGCAAUCACACAGGAGAGGGAGAGGGAGAGGGAGAGGGUGAGGGAGAGAACGAGAGCGAGAGAACCAGCAAGAGAGAGAGGGGAGAAAUGUUUUGGUAGCAGAGCGUUGCGAAACUAACCUGAUCUGACUUGUAUACUGCAAUUUAAACCACCAGUUUUUUUUUCCACGAUUACAAGAGGAAAAAAGCAAUCUGCUGUGAAAUCAUAAACUGAGACAGGACACCAUCCUGGAUCUGGAUUCCUACCGAAAAUGCGACAUUGGUAAAGACUAACAGCUAAUUUGGAAUCGGAAGACAUCGCUACAAAGUCUAAAAAAGAUAUAACAGUUAUACAGUUAAGAACUGGCUGCGUAGGCGGCCAUCUCGGUUUUGAUGCAUUUUUCUGUGCCCUUUUGGAUGUAAUACAUGGAGUAGUUACUUUAUUUCGACUCUCGGGAGAGCAUCAAAGCGCUGUCACUAACCAACGUGGAAUGCUGUACUAGAAUUAUCUGUACAUGUCAGUGGUUACCAAUGAUAUCCUAAUUUUGCAGCAUCGUUCAUCCUCUAGAUUCGAGGACGCCUUGCCUCCGAAAACCACACUGCAAGCAAGAUGGAAAGUGAAAAGAAAAGGAGGAAAUACUCAACCAGCAGCAAUGACUCAGACACCACAGACAGUCACGUGACCUCCUGGUCAAGGUGCUCCAAGAACACAGGCACUAAGUGCACAUGGGUUCGGCAGGAACAGAAGAAGCCCUCUGAGGUAUUCCAGACACAUUUUAUUACCGCCAUGAAGCUUCCAGAUUCCUCCCAGCUAAGUCCAGACGAAUUCUACAUCCUCUCUGACCCUUGGCGACAGGAGUGGGAGAAGGGAGUUCAGGUUCCUGCCAACAAGGAGGCCAUUCCGGAACCCGUGGUCAGGGUGUUGCCGGAAGUCAGCCGUAUCCCUUUCUACUCUGCGUCUCAGAGCUUGCUGAUGGGGUCGGUGUCCCCAGAGUCCGGCUACGUGGGCACGAGGACCUCCAAGGAGCCGCUGUGCCGCUACGACCUGGAUGACCUGGAUGUCUACUGGCUGGAGCUGGUCAACUCCGAAUUCAGGGAAAUGGCCCUGCCGGAGCUGGACGAGCUCACGAUGGAGCGCGUCAUCGGGGAGCUGGAGAGCCACUGCUACGAGAACAUGCAGAUCGCCAUCGAGACGGAGGAGGGGCUCGGGAUCGAGUAUGACGAGGACGUGGUGUGUGAUGUGUGCCGCUCGCCCGAGGGCGAGGAUGGGAAUGAGAUGGUUUUCUGUGACAAGUGCAACGUCUGCGUCCAUCAGGCAUGUUACGGCAUCCUGAAAGUGCCCACAGGAAACUGGCUGUGCCGUACCUGCGCUCUAGGGGUCCAACCCAAAUGCCUGCUGUGCCCGAAGAGAGGGGGAGCCUUGAAACCCACCCGCAGUGGAACCAAGUGGGUUCAUGUCAGCUGUGCCUUAUGGAUACCAGAGGUGAGCAUAGGUUGCCCAGAGAAGAUGGAACCCAUCACCAAGGUGUCCCAUAUCCCAGCCAGUCGCUGGGCACUUUCCUGCAGUCUGUGCCGAGAGCACACUGGCACCUGCAUUCAGUGUUCCAUGCCAUCCUGCAUCGUAGCCUUCCAUGUCACCUGUGCUUUCGACCACAACCUGGAGAUGAGGACCAUUCUGGCUGAGAACGAUGAGGUCCGGUUCAAGUCCUACUGCCUGGAGCACAGCAGCACCUGCCACAGCGGGAGCAGCAAGGGGGAGAGGCCCGAUCACAGGGCGCCUGCCGCAGAGGGCGAGGCAGAACAGCCGGAGAAAAAGGACCAGACGGCGCUGGAGAAGGCCAGCCAGCGGAAGCAGAAGCUGCAGGAACUGGAAGAUGAGUUCUACAGGCUGGUGAAUCCCGAGGAUGUGGCCGAGCGCCUGGGCCUGCCCAAUGCCCAUGUUGACUUCCUCUACCAGUACUGGAAGCUGCGCAGGAAGUCCAACUACAACCAACCGCUGCUCACCCUUAAGAGAGAUGAGGUCGACAACCUGGCCCAGCAGGAGCAGGAUGUGCUGUACCGACGACUGAAGCUCUUCACGCACCUGCGGCAGGACCUGGAGAGGGUUAGAAACCUGUGUUACAUGGUGACACGACGUGAGAAGAUGAAGCACUCCCUCUGUGAUCUACAAGAGAAGAUAUUCCACCUCCAGAUCCAGUUGAUUGAAGAGGAUUUAGCAGGAGAGAAGGCUCUGAAAGGAGCCAAAGGCAGGCAGAAUGAAGGAAAAGAGAGAGGGAAAGAGCGUCGGAAAAGCAGUCCAGAGAAAAAGGAGAAGUGGAAACCAGAGAAUGGUUCGUUGCUGAGACCCCUAGAUUUACCCAAGACGUUCCCUAUUGACGGGACUCUCUUCGACAGCUGGUUGGCGCAGUCUGUGCAGAUCACCGCAGACGAUAUGCUGAGCCAGUGGUCGUUGCACGGGCCCCACCAGGAGAAGACGGGCAGCCUGCUGUCAGACCAGUUGCUGCAGGGAGAGGAGAGCCUGCUCAGCCUCAUGAUGGACCACUCCAUGAAGUCCACCUGGAAGACACCCCAGCUGGGGAGGAAGUCCAGGGCCAAGCCCAGAGCUAAGAGUCACAAGACCAAUGGCAGUACCCACAACUCCUCCUCCUGCUCCAGCACUGUAUCAGCAGCUAAGAACAGCAAAGGGAACCAGGGCCUGUCGGAGGAGAAGAACGGGAAUAUCUUGAAAAGAGCAGAGAAGUCCAAGUUCUCCAAGGCUUUCCACCAACAACAUCACCACUACCCCUCAAGGAGGAACAGUGAGACCAAGCAGGACCCUGGCACAGGAUCUCCUCAGCCUCCCAUUUCCAAAAUGGACUCUUGCCACAUUUCAGAGGAGAGAGGGCCCUGGGCCAGCCAGCCGGUGCUGACCCAGGAGGCCAGCUGUCCUGCCAAAGUGCCUGAGGCGGGGAGCGGCCCCAAAGCUGUUGUCCGGUUCCGAUUGCCGAAACAGGGUAAGUCCAAAUCAAAAGCUGGGAGCCUGGAACUGGGAAAGGAGACAGAGGAUGCAGGGAAGGACAGUUUACUGUUCGACACGGAGACUGAUGGCUAUUAUUCGGAUGCUGAGCUGAGCGACUCCGAUACUCACUCCAGCGGGGGAAAGAUUCACCUCGGUCAACUUCAUCCCGGAAGCGAGGAGCUGGUUAGGAGAAGUGUGCUGGCCACUUAAGGAAGGACAAGCAAAACAGCAACAGCGACUAAACCUGACAGUGUGGAAACAAAAUUUGAUCCCAGUAACAACUGCCAUGGCUGUUUUCUUUGUUCGUUUCAUUGUCUGUUUAUGGAUUUUUUUCCAAACCAAAUCCGUAUCUAUUCAAGUUACAGAUUGCCUUUUUAGUUUAUUUCUAGCUUUUUCCUGUCAAAAUGGAGCUACCAAUCAAUUAGUCACAUCUAAAUUAAAACUAAAUUAGUUUUUAGUGAAAAAUAAUGCUUUGCAUCAAAAAAGUCUUCAAGUUUUCUAAAAUAUCCAGAUGAAUACGCAUGUUACUUUUCUGUUAUCCGCUGGGAAGUUAAAGUAUCCACUAAAGUAUACGUCUUUUAGCCUCCCAGUGGCUGUAAUUGCCAGUAUUAACUGCGUGUGCAGGCUCAAGAUAUUUCGUGGCAUUAAAAGCUGGUUCAGGAGGAAGCCUCCCAUAACCUGAACCUAAGAUGUGUUUGGUUGGAGUUUAUUUGGAGUAUUUCAUUUUGUAAUGAAUGUCUUAACACGAAGUGAAUGCUGAGAAUUAUUUUUUAAAGGGAGUUUAAUAAAGCACAAUUGGUUAAUGGGGGUCAAUUCAGCUCCUCCAACCAAGCAAAGUCCUCCUUUUUAAAAUCUUCCAAUGUCCUUGUUCACCAGCCACCGCGUUCUGACAGGUCACUUCACAGAACCUUUCCAACUCUUCUCUGCCUUGUAGGGCUCUAUUCAUAGUACAGUUUUUCAUUGUCAGGGUCCCUGUUGUCCUUUUAAAUAUUGCAAACAAGAGAGUGUAAUACAACAUUAGAUUUUACAACCAUGUGCCUUUUUAAUGCCCUUAAAAAAUUGUAAAACAAGCUAAACAUGAAAAGACAUUUCGAGAGAAAAUGAAACAAUGCAUUGAAAUCUGUAUAGUAAAGCAUCUUAGCACCUUCUGAAUCUAUCAAUCCAUCAUAUACAGCCAAGUCACCCCAAGCAGGGACAUGUUCUGUUCAGACUACCAGAAUUGAUAUCACAACAAACUUUAAGCUCGAUGUUAAGCAGAGCUCUUGUGCUCAGACCAUGUAUUUUUACAUGUACUCAUUUGAAUCCCAUUUUAGGCAUUUUGGCUUACCUACUGUCCCUACUGUGAGCAAAGAAAUAAAUUAUUAGGCCUUACAAUUUUUUAAUACCCUCUCCUAUAAUGAAUGGAGCCCUAUUCUGGCAGAUGUGAAUGGUCUCUGGCAUAACCAAUCACAUAGUAAGCAUCUUAGCCCAGAAUGCUGACGUUUUUGUGUUUUGUUUUUCUGAAAUGAAUUAACAGCAUUGUAUUUUCUAUUUAAUAACAGUGGUCCACAGUAUUUACUCAGGGGUUAGCAAUAUAUAUAUACAUAUGUAUAUGUAUACUUAUUCUGUGGCGUUAUCGAAAGACUACACUGUUUGAAACCUGACUACUGCUGAGUUUUUUUUCCUCAGUAACUUAAGAAGCUGUUUUUUUAUUUUAUAAAUGCCAAAGAACAGUAUGAAAAUGUGGCACAUCGUAUUUUAUGUUUUUGGUGAAAGGAUAUGAUAUUAAUGCAAGGCUAGUGGAUACUGACAAAUAAUUUAUAGUUGAAUUGCAGGCGGGGUGUUUGAGGAGAUUCUCAGACAUUCACCAUAAUACCACUGGCUUACAAUCCGUCACUGGUUCACCAACGGUGUUUAGCUAUGGAGACUUGAUUUAGAGAGCAAAAUGGCUUAUUUCCAGUAUCAGGCAAAAUAGCCAAAUGCUGCUACCUGUGUGACCCUUCUGCUAAUAGAGGUAAAUUUAAUUUAUGGCCUAAGCACCAGAAAUUCCUCUUGGAAAACUGUAUUGUAUUAACAAGGUUUUUUCCUCCCUGUUCAGAUGUGACACCCUUUUUGUGUGGCAAUCUGGAUUUUAAUUUUAGGGAGUUUUGAACUUUAUUCAGACUGUGACUGAAGAUGGUUACAAUCAUUAAAGCAUUUGGUUACUUUCUCUUCUGGAGCAGGCCAUGCGUUGUGAAAUAUACCUUACCGAAACAAUAUAUUUGUGGACAAGAAAUCCUACUAGCUAGCUGCAGUCCAUCUUCAACCUGCUAUUGUUUCGUCUUGCAAAGACAAUUAAAGGUAAACCUGGUUCAAUGUUCAAUACUGUUCAGUUAUUUUACAGUUAUUUAAAGCUAGUGUUCAACUACAAACACUUGUAUCCUACAUGAUAGGUAGCAGUGUGUAAACAGCAUUCUUCCUGUACUGUUUACUGUUGUAGGAGAAUUGGGAAAGAUGUGUUGCUGGUGCCUCAGCUAUAAAAGCUAAGGAAACUGAAUGGCAUUCUAAGGAUGUUUAGAAUUUUUUACAGAAUGUGUUCCAUACGUUUCAUUGGAAUAACCAAGAAAGAAUGUCCUUUUACAGUGCUUUUCAGUAACAUCGAGGACUGUUCUGAUUUGUUUUUUGUUGCUGAUGUUGUUGUGCUUUAAUGCUAAACAACAUUUCAAAGGAUUUCUUCUGCUGUGUUAGCUGCUCUGAUCCGUUAGGGAUUGAUUCGAGGCUGUAGUCAAAGACUGACUCCUGGUUUUUGUAUGCACCAAUGAUAAUGUAUAGUACAGUACUAGCAACCAGUUUUCUGUAACAGGCUUUGUAGGCUUUUUUUGUAAGCUUUAGCUACAGUAAAUAUUAUAGAAUGCUCAAUUAUAAUUAGAUCGACUGCAUCUUUACCGGAGCUUGCUUCAGUGUACUUCAGUUAAAUAAAAAAAUUGAAGUAUAAUUACCACACAAACCCCACAAACCACUGCUUCUAGCUUCUGUGUUCUGCAUCCUGAGUCCUUAUUCGUUUUAGCACAGGAGGAUCAAAGAAACAGACUUAAAGGACAAAUAAUGACAACCACAUGUUCUGUAUUCAUUCUAUUUUCAUUCUGUCUAGAACUUGAGGGCUGUAUUGCACUGUUAGUACAUAAUGUUCCAUUGCUGUCCAGUGUUUUUGCAGCUAAAGUAAACAAUGUAUGCACAAUAGUUCCUGCAGAUUAGCUUAACCACCCUGUAUUGUUGGUUGAGAAUAUCCGUUUAAACACAGACUUGUUGUGCACCUGACACAAAGAGGAAUUUGAACAGUUGAACAGCACAAUUCAGAGUAACAUUUUUUCUUUAAUAAAAAGCAUUUUAUGGCGUGUGCUGAGAAAACACUGCUUCAAGGAAAUCAUGUCACUCACUUAAAGGUUUUACAGUGUUCAAGCAAAAGAAAUGAAGAGUUACACUGGUAGUGUUGGUGUGAGAUAGCUGCUGCAUUACACUGAAUAAACUGCCAAUAAAAAAAGUGGCUCCUCUCAUUUUUGCAUUUUCUAUUUGGGAACGUUCACAGCAGCAGCAAGCAUAAUAUUUUUUUUAAUGAAAAGGGCAUGAAUACUGAAGACCUGUUUUUUUGUGUUGGAUAACUGUGUAGUACAAAUAGGGAAUUAUGUUACUCAAGUCAAACAAGAAAGAUUAAAAUUAAUUUCAUAAGCUAACUUGUAACUAACAGAUUCCAGAGAGUCUAUUUUAAUUCCUUGGAAAUUGAGUCUAAAGGCAGGCAGACAAUUCUGCACUGCAGGACCUUAGAAAAAGAUUUUAAAAAUUGGCAAUAUUGACAGUGCCGCUUUGUUCUACAUUCCUAGGCUUAUAAGAUUACUUGCAAAAAUGAGGAGCCAUCACUGUUUUACUAGAGACAAUAUCUUGAUAAAGAGCAUUUAUUUUUGCUACAAUGUCACAGUUUUAAAGAACAAUCACCAGAUAAAAGUUGAAUUUCUGAUCUUCCUUUUUCCUUUAGGUAAUGAUUCCAUUUUUAGGUCCAGACUUUAAAAUAUGCAGUUUCCAAGAAAAAAACAACAACAACAAUCCCAGAAAUGUGUGUGUUAAACUUUUGAAUGUCACUAUUACCUAGGGCAAUAAUUGUAGGUGUUCAAAAAAUUGCUGUCUCUCUUUGUAUUUGUUCGUAAUUACUCUCACCUAAUUUGCAUGCUGAAACAAAUCAGCUUUAAGCAGCACUGAACAGAUUUCCUCUAAAUGAGGAUGAGCCACUUUGUUGUUUUUCAUCAUCCUGACAACAAAAACUCUUGGAGAACAGAAAAUAAUGACACCGUUUGGUUUUAUGUAGCAGGCACACACACAUUGCCACUCUGCAGCAUCUUCAAAUACAGCCACCAUAUUAUUUCGCAUCCUGACAUUGGAAGUUUUGUGAAGUUUUACAGUCCUCAACUCACUUUAAAAAAUAUUUAGAGCAGUCUGCAACAAAAACAAUCAACCUUAGGAACAUGAAAGCAGUCAGAUAAAAUAAGAAAUGCUUUGUUAAAAAGCUUAUCGAUCUUGGCUCUGUGUAAAACAAAACCCCUUUCUGUCAACUAAUUCCUGCUUCCUGCUGAAUGUCUUAUUUGUCCUUUAAGCAAGUUCACGUUUUUGUUGCUGUGUACAAAUCCUGAAACAUUACUGCUCUACAUCAGUUAUUGAUUCGAUAAUAUGAAUGUUACAGGAGUUUUUUCCUUCUGUAUUCUUUGUUCAAAGAAUGUUGUGCCAUUUGUUAAUAGCAAAGAGAAAAAUAUUGAAGAUAUAUAAAAAGAAGAGCUAUUUUAAAUUAUUUUUGGCUUUUUUUGCGAUAUUU